AUGUUAAUAUAUGAAAUGCAUCUGCAUGUGCUUGUUGAUAUCUCUUUCUUUCUUUUGUUCUCUGCAUCAGUUAUCAUAACCCUCAAUUACUCUUUGUUCCUUUUCUACCCCUCCCUGUGUUUUUCUGUCCAGGGUUUGUUGAGUGUAACGGAUGGAGAGCUGAAGGAUGCAGGAAUAGAGGAUGCAACACACAGAGAAACCAUCCUCAAUCAGCUUUCAAGACACCGACAGACACUGGAUCCACACUCUGCUUCAUAUUUACCGGACAAACGUGAGAGUGGUGUUAAAGUGAUACGCAGGGUGAGCCGAAAGUACUCCCUAGGAUCGUCUAUGGAUCUGGUGAAGCCGAGGAAGGAUCUGUUCCGUCAUAGUGUCCUGCCACGCCUCCAGCGUUCUGAUAAAAAGCACCGCCUCUCUGCCUCCUGCUCCCAGCUACGCCCCCUGAAUGAGGACAACACUAUCAGUGAGGUGGAGCACUGUCAGGACACCAAACGCAGCAAGAGGAGGAUUGUCAGCGCAUACCUCAGUCAGCUGAAGGUGUUUGGUGGUCGGAGAGACAUGGACUCAUUAAAGAAGGAGCUGGAGGAGGAGCUGAAGCUCAGCACUGAGGACCCGAGGAGCCAUGCAUGGUACCACGGACCGCUGAGCAGAGAGGCUGCAGAGUCCUUGUUUGAGAGGGACGGAGACUUCCUGGUGCGAGACUCAAGCUCCGCACCUGGGGACUACGUUUUGAGCUGCUUUUGGAAGGAUGGGCCAAUGCACUUUAAGAUCAUACGAGUGAUCCUUCGUCCCAAAAAGGGCUACUCUCGGGAGCUGUUCCAGUUUGAGGAGGAUCGCUUUGACAAUGUUCCUGCUCUGAUCCGAUUCUAUGUGGGCGGGCGUCGGCCCAUCUCUCAGGCCUCGGGCGCUGUGAUCUUUCACCCAAUCACACGGACCCUUCCUCUGCGUGUCAUCACUGAGCAACACUCGGAGUCUACAAGCAGCAGCAGCAGUAGAGGUUCAGGGAGAGAAGGACACAAUGAGGCCAACAAAAGACGCAGCUUCAGCUCUACACACAAUGACACACUGCAGGUCAUCAAUCCACUGCUGAGGAGUGGAAGUCAGCCUGCUAACUUGGAGAACGUUGGACGCAGGCCUUCACUUCAGUCUGCACAAUCUGACAGCAACCUGCGAACAGGUGUCCCACAGAACACUCAGUCACAGAACACCGGCCCCGCCCCCAUCUCUCCAGUGUUUCGCACGGGCAGCGAGCCCCUGCUGAGCCCCCGACCACGACACACACGCCCCACCUUUCCAGGUGGUGGUGUAACUUUGCGAGGUUCAGAUGGUCAGCUGCACCCGAGAGCUCCUCCUAAACCUCUUAGGGUCUCUGCCGUCUUCGCUAACGACGUCCCUCCCCCACCCAUGGACCGGGACGUUGACCCCUCGUCUUUUUACGAUGAGCUGGUCGUCCAGGUGCCACAGUCUCGACGGAAAGGUCAUGUGGACAGACUGCGUGCAGAGGAGAAGUGGCAGAGCCGCGCCCGCCUCACAGAGACUUCCUUUGGCUUUUUGGAGGCACAGGAGAAGAGUGACGCAUCAUCACAGCUGCCUUUGCUACCGCAGAAGAAGGGGGCACAGGAAGCUGAAGACUGGCAUUUUGAAAAGCCACAUGUGGAGUCAGUCUCGUGUUUCCAGCUGGAUCAGUUUGAGUCGCUGCUCUUGCCAGAGAACAACCGACCUCUAGAUCCCAGCAUCCUGCUAACACUCAAAGAGCUCUUCAACCGCUCAAACACCGAAAUCACCGCUCUGCACAUGCUCAGUGUUGACUGUCAGGUCGCACGCAUCGUCGGGGUGACAGAUGAGCAGAAGAGGCUUAUGGGAGUUGGAUCAGGGUUGGAGCUGGUCACUUUGCCGCACGGACACCAGUUACGACAGGAUUUGUUAGAAAGGCAUCAUCUAAUAGCACUGGGAGUCGCAGUGGACAUCCUGGGCUGCACAGGGACUGUGAGUCAAAGGGCAACCGUUUUACAUAAAGUAAUCUUAUUGGCUCAGGCCCUGAAAGAACACGCCCAUGACCUCUACUCCUUCUCAGCAGUGAUGAAGGCCCUGGAGAUGCCACAGAUAAUGCGACUGGAAAUGACGUGGCGAGCGCUGAGGAGGAAUCACACAGAGACUGCAGUUUUAUUUGAGAAGAAUCUCAAACCCUUCAUGAACAUGCUGAAUGAGGGAGACGACUCUGAGGUCCACGGUCCCAUAGCCGUGCCACACCUGGUUCCCCUGCUGAUGGCGAUGGAGGGUGAUGACCCGGUGGAGGACAGUGAGCGAGGCUGUGAGCUUCUCUACGACGUCCUUCAGUCAGCUCGCAGUGCCGCGUUGCACGCACAAGAUUAUCAGCGGCACGCACACUCUCUGCUCACAGCAGGCUGGGAGCCAGUCCCCGAGCUGCUGGAGGCUUUCCGGACAGAGUUCGCCCUGCGGCUUUUCUGGGGUCAUUCGGGGGCAACGGCUGACAGAGAGGAGCGCUACGAGAAGUUUGACAAGAUUCUUUGUGUACUUUCAGAUAAACUGGAACCUGUGGAGAUCACCCCACUACAACCCGACCCUCUAACCUGAGCCUCAGGGCCUGUUUCACUAAGUGAAAGGUGAAGUCAACACUUCCUUCACACGAGGAAAGAAAGAUGAGAGUAAAAAUGUUUUUAGUUGCAUCUCGGUGUGUUGCGGUAGCCAAGGCAGAGAUCUUACCCCUAGGAUCACACAGACAUAAAGGAAAAAGUUAUUUUGGAGAUGCGAGAGACUUUCAAGCUUGUCAAGUGACAAGUUAACUUAUAAAAGAAUGAACUAUAUCUGGAAUGUGUGGGCUGUCCUUUACUGUGGAGAAAGCUGCGCUGGAUUCAUUUUCCUUUUACAGGAAAUCUGAAAUUGUUUACCCCAAAACUAGCAUCUGUUUACUUCUUUCAGUGUGCAUUUCACAUCAGACACUGUUUUAUCCGUCAACACCACUUGUUUGAUACUUGAGAAUCCGGAGGACCAACAUGAACAUUAUUAAAACUGAGUUAGUC